AAAUGUCUUCCCCGUGGGCAAAAAUUCAACCCGUCGCGGCAGUGGAUCUGCAGGAGAUCAUGUCAGAAGAGUUUGCACGGGACCUGCAAUCGAAGGAAGUUCCAUCGCCACCUACUGUAUCGGAACCGCAGCAAGCAGGAACUUCAGCCUUAUCCAAGCAACCGGAACCAGAACCAUCAUCAUCGAAGAGUGUGCCGGUAGUGGACAGGUUCGAAGAACCAGUUGCCGGAUGUUCCCGUCCGCUUGAUCCUGGGAAACACUUGGAAGAUAUUCCCGAAGAUGUGUUGCGAGCGAUCGAACAAGCGGAUCAGAAGGAAAUUGAUUCCGAUGCCGUCAUCGCACAAAUGUUGCAGGCACAGUUUGAUGCUGAGUACGAUGCGCAAAUUAAACGCGAGGAAAACCACCGUAACAAGGACUCGAAGGUGAAGGUGUCCUACAAAAACUAUCGAGUGAUUCCGGAGGAGUUGUUGUAUGAGGAACCGGUAGAGAUUGCAGUGGACCAAAAGGCGGAUUGGGAUCGGUUUGAAACGAACGAGAAGGAGCAAAAGUUGCUGCCACGUGUCGGCUUUCGAUUAAACGAACAGGGUGAAAUGCUGACGAAGCAUAAUCUGGACAUUAGUGGUCGUAGUAACGCGUGCAAAGUAAUGUCCUUUCCGCCAGAAUUCUCCACCGGCGAUGCAGCCGGGUUCGAUAUGAAACUAUCGAACAAGGUGUUUAACCAGCUUAAGUCCCACUCGAAGAAGGCGACAAAGAUGAAGCACAAGGCACAGGACAGAAAAGAAAACAUUGCCACCGCCGAGAUGGGUUUGGACGAACCGACACGCUUGAUUCUGUACAAGUGGAUCAACAAUCAGUUGCUCGAAUCGAUCGAUGGUGUAAUAUCGACCGGUAAGGAGGCCGUCAUAUUGCACGCCGAGACCGAUCCGUACAAUCCGAACCUUGCGGAAGAUGCACCGAGCCCACCGAAGGAGGUCGCCAUCAAGGUGUUUAGUACGACGCUGAACGAAUUUAAGCAGCGUGAUCGAUACAUCAAGGACGAUUACCGGUUUGCGGGUCGGUUUUCGAAGCAAAACGCACGAAACGUCAUUAACAUGUGGGCCGAGAAGGAAUUGCGCAACUUGUGCCGGAUGCAACGCGUCGGGAUCCUCUGUCCGAAGAUUGUGGCACUGAAGAAGAAUGUUCUGGUGAUGGAGUUUAUCGGGGAAAAUAUGAUACCGGCACCGAAGCUAAAGGAGGCCAUUCUUACCGAUGUACAGCUGAACGAGGCCUACCUGGAGGUGGUAGAGAUAAUGCACAAACUGUACAAGGAGGCUCACCUAGUGCAUGCGGAUCUGUCCGAGUAUAAUAUCCUGAUGCAUGGCAACCACUGUUGGAUUAUCGAUGUUGCACAAUCCGUCGAGCCAGGUCACCCUGGUGCAUUGGAAUUUCUAAUGAGGGAUUGCAAUAACAUUAGCACCUUCUUCACGAAGCGUGGUGUUGCAGAUGUGAAAAGCAAGGAAGAUCUUUUCUUCGAGAUAACUGGGUUGGAUCCGCUAUCGCACAAUGCUGCCAUUUUGGAGCGUAUACACAUGAAGGGAGAACCGGCACACAUUGCAUCUGCGAUUGAUGACGAUACGCCGGAAAAGUAUAAACCGAUGCGAUACCCGUUCGAGUUUGCCUGGUCCUUAGCAGAUAGCAACAAAUCGAACAAAGCCAGAUCAAGCAAACUGAACGCUGGUGUAUGUUCUUCGGACGAGGAAGUAGUGGCGAAAGAGGAAGUUGUUGCUGUUGCUUAA